AUGUCACGAUCCAACUUUCAGCGUUCCCAGAGUAAAGUUUGGUUCGGUAAUGAGCCGUCCGGUGCGAUCGGUGGAAUGAUGACGAGCGGGGAUCGCUUUCGAACGUACGGUCCUCCGGCGAUGGCGUACUCACACCUCGCAGGGAUCACGGCCCGCUCUCACUAUCCCGCGUUUCACGAUCUGGAGGAGGAAGACGAGCUGAUCGAAGAGCAGCAGCAGCGAGCGGACCCGGGCAGUGGCUCCAAUGUUUGGGCCGAAGCUAACCGCCAGGGAAGUCCAGCGAGUCACAAAAGUCAGGACUCAGGAUUCUCCGAUACGGAAACGUCACCGCCCGGUGGUGGUCCCGCGAGUGUCAGUAGUGCCAACGAGUCACAGGCAUCCCCCGACAAGCUUACACCAAAGAGAAGCAUCAACGACGAGCUAUUCCAGCGUUCACCGGCAUCGCUGAACAGUGAAGCACCGACACCACCGACGGUCAUCCGGCGACCGGCUCCGAUCCGCAGGGACGACAAACCCGACUCCGCUCCUGGAGGGCGUCGGCUGUCGUACGAUGCGGUAACGACCGAUACCAUCGCGGCAGGACCUAGUCAGACCGGCUCCGAAAGUCCCCGCAGUGGUGGCAGCAUCUCGCUGAAGCGUGGUCGAGUGAUCACGCGAAACAGUCGGGUAAAGCGUAACCUCAACGAUCAGCUCAGCAGCUCGAGCGAGGAGAUGAUAUCUCUCGAUAGUAGCGAACUGUCGAACAUUCUCGGCGAAACGGUGGCGGAACCGGAAUCCCUCGAGAGCGAUGCGAACAACAACUUCCGGCGAGAAGGCCGGGAGCUACCGACCUAUUCGCAGCUGUAUCCGGCGGGAACGUCGACACCGAUCAAGCAUCAGUCGAAGCUGUACCGAUCGCUGCCCAUUUCUCCGACGCACCGAUCACCCGUCGUCCGUGGGCAGCCCGUUCGAGUAGGCGCUCCGGCCGGCAGUGCGAUAGAAAGCUACUAUGAAGAGCCGGACCACUCCGGUGCUAGCAGCGAGCAUGCCCUCAGCUACACCAUCUACGAUAACCCGCUGCUGAAUGGACACAUGCCGGCCGUUCAGGGCUGGCUCGAUGCACUCCGGUUCGGGUGCCAAAGUGAAGUUAUGUCGAUCCUGCAAACCAAGUCGAUCGCCGUGGAAGCGGGCCGUACGAUGCGGAUGACUUCGGGCGUGGCGGUGAAGAUCAUUCGGCAUCUGCAAGCGAAAGUUACCACCCUGCAGGGUGCGUUCGAACGGGUGGAGAAGCUGUUUGCGGCCAUCCAGAGGUACCAAUCGCAGCAGGAAGCCUCCGCUGGUGAUGGGAAAGCCGAUUACGAGGACGACGACGACGAGAAGGAAAUCUACCAAAAAGUGGCCCCAUUCGUGCACGGUCUGGCCAGUGAUAUAUACGAGUUUGUCGCGAAGCAGAAGUCAAACGACUACAUUGGCCGCGAGCCGGCCGACAAGGACGAUCGGAGGAAGUUCGUGGAAAACAGUCAGUCGCUGGUGGACAUGACGACCGAUCUGCGGAUAGCGGCCGCUAACGCGGACGACUUUGACUAUCGCUCGGUCGAGGAGGAGGUGCAGAUCGUGAAGCGGUAUUUCCUCAUCACCGUGCGGCUGAUAUUCAAACACUUGGUCAAGGUGAUCGUGGACACGAUUGAGAGUACCAAGUGUGAUCUGAUCCUGCGCUCGAACCUCAGCUACGUGGCCACGCUCUCGAACGUCGACUACAGUGGGUUGGCCUCGCUGAACGACGCGUUCAUCUCCAACUACACGGUCCGGGCGUUGCUGCUGGUGUGCGUUGAGUCAAAGUUCUCCUCCAUCCGGGCACUGUCGUUGCGAGCGCUAGCCACCGUCUGUUCGACGACGGAAACGAUUCGCCAACUGGAGCGGGCCGAUGGGUUGGAGGUACUGAAGGACAUUCUGGUAACGGACCAACGGCAGGGCCGCACCAACAACGAGCGGAGUGAACCCGAACUGCGGGAAGCGGUUUCCGUGCUGACCCAGAUCACUGCACCCUGGCAUGGUGAAGAGCAUCGGUUGGAGGCGUUAAAGCAGCAUGUCCAUUCGAUCGUCGAAGCCAUCACCGAGAUAAUCGAGAGGACGACCUGCUGUCAGACGCUGCUGCUCUGUGCCGCCUGCCUGAACAACAUGACGCGCAUCGAACCGACGGCCGUCUACUCGCUGAUGUCCCAGGACACGGUCAGCAAAUUGCAAACCGCCACCGAGCGCCGUGGUCCGGGCACGUCCAUCUUUCUCUACGAGCAGUUUACGGCGACCCUGUACAACAUGUCCGCCAACUGGAAGUGCCACCAUCAUCUGGCGAGCCGGGCUCUGGUCGGCUUCCUAGUGUCGGUGUUCAACCAGAAGUUCUUCGAAAAGCUUCCGAACCGAACGGAGUGCGAGGCACAGCGCAAAGUCAUCAAACACAUCCUGCACGUUCUGUCGCGGCUGAUGGGCGGCGGUUCGCUGUCCGCCAGCUCGUCCUGCGAGCUCAUCGAGUCCACCAUCGUGCCCGUGUUUGCGCGCAUCGAGCGCACGCUGGACGGUGCCAGUGAGCACUACCGUGACAUCUCGUACAUCAGCCGGCGGUUCAAUGAAAGUCUAUCUUCACGCCCGCCCAUCACCUCCAGCUCGUCGCCUCCGGUUGAUGGAGCGAAGAAUUCCACGACGGCAGCGGCGGCGGCGGCCGCUGAGGUUCCUUCUCCCCACAUCACCCGGCUCACCAUCCAGAGGGACUCGAACGGUGCCGCGGUCAUUACGCUGGAUAAGAACCGACAGGAAAGCUACGUCUAAAGCUGAUGUGGGGUGAUAACUCGAUUGGUAGGUAAUGCUAACCUUGUUACCAGAUCAGGCCACCCCGUCGGGUCGAAGCGUUGCCGGUCAGAGGGGUGCUGGUUGUCGAUUGAAUUAUUGCUCAACUCAGAUACCCAAAUGAACAAGUUACGUGCUGCGUAGCAUCACAAAAAGAGCUUACGCAUUCUAGAGGCGCAGAAUGACAGUGAAACUAUUCUGGGAUCCUUGUGCCAUAAGUCCCGAUCAGUGGAGCGAAACGAACGAACGAACGAAGCUAUGAGAAAAUAUUUCUCUGCUCGGUUUCAAGUGUCUCAGCGAGUAGGAAACCGGGAUAGGGUAGGGUAACAUAGUGGGAAGCAGUGCUGUGCUGUGUGGCAGGACCGGAUAUCCGUGCCGUAACCAAAGGACAAUUGAAUGAAUGGCUGGCACGCAGAGACGUGCGCGUAUGAACGUGAGUGACGCCAAAUGGUUGCAUAUAUUUGUGCGUUUGCGGUUGUAAUUUAUUUGAGAGGCCGUAGAAAGUUACACAACGGAAUGCCCGUGAAGAAUAAACAGUACGUGGCUGGA